AGAAGUAGAAAGAGGAGCGAAGCGUUCUUUGAAAAGCCAAAAAGGGGAAAACUUGUCACGCAAGGUGAUGAACGAACCAUGAAGAAGAAGAAGUAUCAAGUUUUUGAUUUCGACGAAGAAGACGAGCGCGUGGAGAAGAUCUCUAAGAAGUUACUCGGGAAGUUCUCUCCCAAAAACCGCCACACUUCUCCCGUUAACAAGUACAAGUUUCUUCAAUGCUUUUCAAAAGGUAGCUAUAAUCAACAAAAGGAAAUUAGAUGUGAGACAACUGGCAUCAAUGCUGGAGCUGCACAAAGUGCAAAUUCUGAACAGAUGGAAAUCAGCAAUGAACCAAUUGUUGUAGAUGAUGGAGUUGCACAAAAGGAAAAGACUCAUCAAAAGGAGAUCACUGAGAAGUUGUUGGAUGUUGGUGUUAGUAGUAUGGAUAAUCACUGCACAUAUUCUGUAUCUUAUCCUAAGGGCAACCCAAGAAAAGAUUGCACUUUAAGAGAGGCUGUCGGGUUGGAUACCUCUUUGUUCUCAUGUUCUUCAGAUUAUGAGAAUGAGCAAGUUAGUGUGAUUUCUGAUGAUGAUGACUGUAUUGAAAUGAGUUCAUCAAUUUCAUCAUCUCCUCCUUCAGAUAAUGAAGAUGAAUGGGUGGCAGAGCAAGGUUUUUGUGGACAUGAAACUGAUCUUGUAAAAAAGAAAGUGAUUGUUUUCCCCGAUUUCAUUCUAUAUAGAGAGAUGUAUUGUACGAUGUCUCGAAUAACAUUUUCAUGUAGCUCCAUUAAAGUUGAAGGUUCAACUGUAAAUGGGACCAACGGAACCUUAAGCUUUGAAUGUAAUGUUGGGGAUAUCAUCAAAAUUCAGUCAGCAUGGCAUGGGAGGGUUGAAACGGCUAUUAUUAAUCUUAUGCUUAAAUCAAAUGAUUCUAUCGGAGCAGAAAAAGCAAAUGAAAUUUCAGGCAUUCAGUUGUUGAAGUUUGCAGUUUAUGACCCACAUUGGUUCAAACGACAAGAAGCAAUCAAGUUAUUGGAUGUGAGAUAUGAGGAAGUGUGGGAUGUUGCUUUUGAUUGUGAUAGAGAAAAUGAAGUGAAUACUUUCUUGGGACAAAAGAACAAGUUGUCAAAGCAAUAUCUUUUUGAGUUUAAUGAGUGCUUUGAAGAUGUUAUAUAUCCAAAAGGUGAUCCUGAUGCUGUUGUAAUUAGUAGGAGAGAUGUGGAGCUUCUACAGCCUGAGACAUUCAUCAAUGAUACCAUCAUUGACUUUUAUAUUCAAUACUUGAAGAAGAAAUUACAACCUGAAGAACGGCAUCGUUUUCACUUUUUUAAUAGUUUUUUCUUUCGGAAGCUUGCUGGUCUAGAUAAAGAUCCAUCUAGUGCUUGUGAAGGCAAGGCAGCAUUUCAACGUGUUCGUAAGUGGACAAAAAAUGUGAAUCUUUAUGAGAAAGAUUACGUGUUUAUUCCUGUUAAUUACAGUCUUCAUUGGAGUUUGAUUGUCAUCUGUCAUCCUGGUGAAGUGGCUUAUUUUAAAGAUGAUGAAAUUGAAAAGUCAACUAAGGUACCAUGCAUCUUGCACAUGGAUUCUAUUAAAGGAAGUCAUAGAGGCCUUAAGGAUCUUGUUCAGAGUUAUUUAAGUGAAGAGUGGAAAGAGAAGCAUAACAAUACAAGCGAUGAUGUUCCUUCAAAAUUCUUACAAUUACGAUUUGUUUCUCUUGAGCUGCCUCAGCAAGAAAAUUCAUUUGACUGUGGCCUCUUUUUGCUCCAUUAUGCGGAACUUUUUAUUGCAGAAGCUCCUUCUAAUUUCAAUCCUUUUAAGAUAACAGGAUUUUCCAACUUUCUUAAUAGAAAUUGGUUUUCACCAAUGGAGGCUUCUUCGAAACGUGCUCAUAUUAAGGCGUUGAUAUAUGAACUUUGUGAAGAUCAUUCUAAUAAGGAUCCUUCCUCCACAUUAUCACCUGAUGAAGAUGGGCUGGAAACUGAAGCGGUGGUUAUUGGGCAGACAUCUACUCCAACUAAAAUUUGUCAACAAGGUUAUUCUUCAACUUCUAACGUUGGAAAGGGGAUUGAAACUCCAAUUGUGGGAGCUUUACUCCAGAGAGUUGCAGAAGGCCCCAGUGACUCAGGAUUAGUUUCUCGGGAGCAUUGUCAGCAAAUAACUGCAUGUUAUCCAAAGAGCAUCAUGUCGCCAAUAGAGGUAAUCAUCUCUUUCUCUCAUUGUAGAAACAAGGAAGGUGAAGAAACCAGUGAUGAAAGGGCUAAAUCAUCAUCUGAUGUUGAACAUUGUCAGAAAGUUACUGGAUUGGCAGCAGAAUCUUCAACCUCUUACAUCUGUAGAGAAAGAGUGUCACAGAAGACAUCUUGUGACUGGCAGUGUUUAUUGCACUUUGAGGAGCAAGAUGAGUCUAUCAGUGAAUACCAGAAUAUAUCAAAGGAAAACAUAGAUGAAAAUCAACUAGUUGAGGAAUACAAAGUGCCUAACCACCAAGAGAUGACUAGUGUUAAACCUGAAGGUUCUCCAACCUGCAGUGGAAAAUUUGCUACUUCUAUUGUGGAAGAUUCUGAAGAAGAAAAUAAUGGACUUGUCAAUCUUGUCAUCGAAGAUUCUCAGGAGGAACUUCUUGUUGAAGAUUCUCAGGAGGAAAUUGGACUUGCUGCUCUAGUUGUUGAAGAUUAUUGGGAGGUAAAUUGCUCGCAAAAUGCCUGCAAGAACAAAGAUACCGGAUCCUCCUUCAAUAGUGGCAUUUGCACUCUCACCUAUCAAGAAGCAGACUUGACUGAAAUCGUUCACAUUAAAGAAGAUAAAACGCUGAUUAAUGAUGAAGAUCCUGUGUCUGAAAGAGAUGAACAGCAAGUUGCAAAGAAGCUGAGGCUUGAGGCUUCUGAUGAUAGAGAAGAACAUAUGAAAAACGGCCUACCAAAAGCAGUGCUUUCUUUAGGACGUGGUAAAUAGUUUUUAGUUUGGCAUUGUACAGGAAAUACAUUUGUGAAUUGUGUUAGACAGAUAAUAAUGCUUUCCCCAUCCCAACAAAAAAAGAGAAGAAAAAAAUGGGCUCUUUUAUUGUGACUUGUUGUAUAAUACCAAAAGAAAUCUCAUGACAGAUUUUCCUGAUUUAGAAUUUGUUGAUUUUCUAA